GCUCCGCUGGGAAAUGGUAGGUUCCCCUGGGAAAAAUGGCAGUUUCCACUGGGAAAAAUUGGUAGGUUCCACUGGGAGGGAAGGGCUGAGUUGCGAAUUGUGGUCUACAGCUGAGUUGACAGUUGUCAGC